AAUAAUAAUAAUAAUAAUAAUAAUAAUAAUAAUAAUAAUAAUAAUAAUAAUAAUAAUAAUAAUAAUAAUAAAAAUAAUAAUAAUAAUAAUAAUAAUAAUAAUAAUAAUAAUAAUAAUAAUAAUAAUAAUAAUAAUAAUAAUAAUAAUCAUAAUCAUAAUAAUCAUAAUCAUAAUAAUAAUAAUAAUAAUAAUAAUAAUAAUAAUAAUAAUAAUAAUAAUAAUAAUAAUAAUAAUAAUAAUCAUAAUAAUAAUAAUAAUAAUAAUAAUAAUAAUAAUAAUAAUAAUCAUAAUAAUAAUCAUAAUAAUAAUAAUAAU